AGGGCGGCCCCGGGCCGCGUGCCUAGGCGGGCCUCCCGGCGGGCGUGGAGGAGACGGUCGUCAGGAAGUGGUGGCGCGAGGCCGGGAGGACGCGUCGAGAUAAAGCUCCGCUGCAGCUCCACGGUCCCGCCGGACUGCGCGGCACCGGGCAGCGGCGUGGGGCGCGCGGUGGAGUGGGGACCGGGCAGGUUCUGGGAACGGGAACGGACUCUGCGUAGAGGGUACGGACUCUGCGCAAGGAGAGCGUUCCGCCGCGGGCGUGCACGGACUUUGCGCAGGGAGCGAGUUGUGGAGUCUGCGCAGCGAGCUUGCCGCGCGGUGAACGGAAACUCUUGCAAAGGGCAUCGAGUCUAAAGCGCACCAGCUCAGUCUGACCUCCAGACACCAUGAGCAAUAAUGGAACAGGCCUGGCUAUUGGCUACCUCUCCUCUUCUGUAGCCAUACUUUUGUUUGGCUCAAACUUUGUGCCUCUUAAAAAAUAUGAUACUGGUGAUGGCAUGUUUCUGCAGUGGGUGCUUUGUGCUGCUGUGUGGCUGGUUGCUGUCGUAGUCAACUUGAUACUGGGAUGCCCUAAGUUUUGGCCUUUUGCCAUGCUUGGGGGCUGCAUUUGGGCAACAGGGAACGUUGCUGUUGUUCCAAUUAUCAAAACCAUCGGCUUAGGCCUUGGAAUUCUAAUCUGGGGAUCAUUUAAUGCCUUAACAGGCUGGGCAAGCUCAAGGUUUGGCUGGUUUGGAAUGGAUUCAGAAGAAGUGUCAAAACCACUCCUCAAUUACGCUGGAGCUGGGCUGUCCGUAGUCAGUGCUUUCAUAUUUUUAUUCAUCAAAACGGAAAUACCAACGAAUACAUGUUCUGUGGACACCACACCGUUAAUGACAGAACACCAGGCUAUCAACACUGCCCCAGACCCCUGUGCCGGCUGCUCCUGGGUAGACAGGCUUUCUUCAGCACACCACCGCAUUGUGGGCUGCAGCCUUGCGGUGAUCUCUGGAAUCCUCUAUGGGUCUACAUUUGUGCCCAUUAUUUACAUCAAGGACCAUGGAAAAAGGAAUGAUAGCAUAUAUGCAGGAGCAAGCCAGUACGAUUUAGACUAUGUUUUCGCACACUUCAGUGGCAUCUUUCUUACAAGUACGGUCUACUUUCUGGCCUACUGCAUGAUCAUGAAAAAUAGUCCUAAGCUUUAUCCAAAGGCAGUCUUACCAGGCUGCCUGUCUGGGGUGCUGUGGGCCAUUGCCACCUGCUGCUGGCUCCUGGCUAAUCACUCUCUCAGUGCCGUGGUCAGUUUCCCAAUCAUCACUGCUGGUCCAGGGUUUAUAGCUGCAUUGUGGGGCAUCUUCGUUUUUAAGGAAAUACAGGGUCUACAGAACUACUUAUUAAUGACACUUGCAUUUUGCAUUAUCCUGACUGGAGCUCUGUGCACCGCCUUUUCUAAACUCUAAUGGACGCUGCAGUGGUUUGGAGAAUUCUGCUGGAUCAGGUUGAUUCUGCUGAGAGCAGAGUGAAUUCCCUCAGGAACUGAAUCGCAGCCACUCUUGGCAAAUGUGAUUGGACAUUCAGGAUGAGCUGUUAAAGAAGGCGGGACUGUGCUAGGUGAUUGAUGGAAGCUCUUCAUACCUGUGCCACCGCCCGGGAAUGGCUCAGGUGACAUACAAACCUGUGGGGUUGUGCCCAAGGAAGCAACUGUAGAAAUUUCUAACAUGAAUGAAGAGGAGCAAAAAUGAGAAAGAAAGGGUAAAAACACUUACCUUAAUGGGAUUAAAGUUCAUAGAUGCCUGGAUCCUUUGCUAAAACAAAAUAAAUGUCAUGGUUGGUAGCAUUUAUGUUACGAAGAUCGUUUCAUUAUGUUUAAGCAAAACUUACUUUAUUCGGCCAAAUGAAUAUUGGUCAGCUCUACAGCAUCCAUGUGUUUUAACUCAAAAAUCAUUUACUGUCUCCAGAUAGAAUCCAUCCUCAGAGAACCAGUUUCCAUCACAGAGAUCAUGCAUCCAGAUAAUUCACAUGUACUCAAGCACACACACAUAACUACACACCUGGACAUGUGCAAAAUUCGGAGGAAAUUCUACCAUCACUAAAGUCAGAUUCAGGACUGUUAUGGCAUAGCUUUGCAUUCUUCUAUCUUUUGUACUUGUGACUGAUUCCUUGGUAUUUAAAGAUUUAAGUACCAAGAUUCCAGCUCAUCAGAGGCAAUUUAAAGGAGCCAAUUUUUUUUCUAGUAAAAUAUCUAAAAUGGUUUCAUCUGGAGGGUUUUGUUGUUGUUGUUGUUGUUGUUGUUUUGCUUUAUUCCUAAUUUUGGAUCAUUGAACAGGAUUUCCCUAUAUUACCCAGACUGGCCUCGAACUUUCUUUCCUCCUGCCUCAACCUCUGAGUACUAGGAGUAUGCGCAUUCACGUACAGCCAGGCCUCCUUCAUUCCUGUUUAGGCUGGUGGUUUACAGUAGAGAAGAAAAUGACACCAGUAGAAGUACUCGUUUAAUGUUCAAGAACAACCGUGGCCUCUAAACUCUUAACAUAAUCAGGUCUGUUUAAAUGUCCAUUCACCCGUUCCUAUCAAUAUUGUCCUGCUUUGCCGUGCAGAAGCGGAAUGUGGCUUCACUGCAGAACUCAAGAGCCAAGCUGAACAGCUGCAACUCUCACCCCUGCUUCCUCCUAAUUCCAUGGCUUUGGCUAGGUCCUGAGUCUUCAGCAGCACCUCCUCCUUUGGAACAAGGCUCCUGACCUGGCUAGAGUGUGGCUCUGAUUGGUUAACAUGUUGGCACUUACUGUUCAAGCACUCUAACAUUGUUAGCUAUAUAUAUUGUUUACUAUAAAAUUGUUGCAUGAUAUUUGGGCACAAAGGAUGUCUAUAGACUGUAGAUCGAAGGGCUACCUGCUAUAUCCCUCCUACCCAGUUACAUCUCAUCUCCAUGUCACAAAUCACCAGUUCCUGUUUCACCACUGGAUUGCUUGAUACAAAUAUUUGAGUGUAAUAUCUUAAUUUUAACUUGAAAUGUCAUUCAUUUAUGUCGAUAACUUUUUAAUAAAUUAACAUUACAUAAAAGCUGUCUUUUAUCUUUAAAUAUAUUUUAGGGUUUGAUAUUGAGUAGCUUUUAGUUGAGAUUGAGAAGCUAUGUGCAAGAUUUAGAAAUAAAGCAAUUUCAGAAGGAAAAUGAAGAAAAAAAAGAACAACAAGAUAUUAUUCUUUAUACACAGUUUCUGUGACCAGACAAUGCCUGGAGUAUAAAAACAAAUCAAAAA